CAUUACACUAUCUAUUCUAAUCGUUGGCAAUACAUUUCCUGAAGAGAACUUAGGAAUUAGUUUUACCGGUUUACUUCUAUUAUUAUUAUAUUCAGAAUAAUUCACGAUGGCAGCAGCUGACAGGUCAUUGCCCACAUUAGAAGAAAACAAAGAAGGAACAAUUUAUACCUGUCCAACUCAUUGCAGAAAGGCACUGGAAUUUUACUGCUCAACUUGCAAGAUAUCAGCAUGUAAACAGUGUGAACAUAUAUUUCACUGUUUUCAAAAUAAACAUGAGGUGAUUAAAAUGAAGAUUGCUGUAGAUGAGUUUAAUCAAAAUGCUACUGAACUUAUUCAGAUAGCUGCCGACAUCAAAUAUAAAUUGCAAGAAAAUUUUGAUUACAUAAUUAGAGAUAGAUCCCACUUUGAAAAAUAUCUGAAAACAUGCAGAGCAGCUAUAAAACAUCAAGAAGAGACGCUAGUAAAGAAAAUUCAGGAGAAAAGCAAAACAUUGAUGUUAGAUCUUGAAAAGAUAUACAAUGCAAAGAUAGAAGAUCACAAUAGUAAAAUAAAAGAUCUUGAUUUAAAGCAAAGUCAAGUACAAAAUCUGAAGUCAGCAAUUAAUGCAAUAAUGAACAAACCAGAACAAACAGAAACUCUUCAAUCCCAUAAGACAACUAUCAAUACCAUUAGAGAAAUGGUUCUAAAAAGUGAAUUUGAUAAAUCAUUUCAUAACAUGAAUAUUAUACCUAAUUUUAUUGCAUUUACAAACUUAGAAGUGUUGAUGAACAGCGAGGGCAUUGGUAAAAUCAUAACUGUUGAUGGCAAUUACAAGGUUGCUAAAGAUGAUGAAGUAAUUACUGUCACAAAAGGGCAACAAUUUGUAGUGAAAGUAUCAAGUGUGGAUAAGACUGAUGCAUCUCAAUUAGCUGCAAUUUUAAAGAACUCAUCAGGUAACAAAAUACACACAGAGGUUGAAUAUGGAGAAAAUGCAGAUUACAAAAUAAUGGGAAAAUGCAAUGUGGAAGGUGAUUGGCAAAUGGAGAUCAUUGUUGGAAAGACACACAUCGAAGGAUCGCCUGUGAAUAUCACAGUAGAAUCACUGGGACUUGUCCAUACUAUUGGUAAUAUAUCAGAAUAUAAAGAACAUAAUAAACCAUUUAAUGUGUCAGAUGUAGUGUUAUAUACAGAUGGAUGCAUAUUAGUAUCAAGCCUCAGUAUAGAUAUAUUAAAGUUCAACCAAUCAGGUUCAUUUGUUGCUAGGAUACAGGUGCCCCAACAGGAGGUGAUUUCAAUGUAUUUAAUGGAUGAUGGUCAGAUGUUGUACAGUGAUCACUUAGGAAAAUGUGUUGUAAUGUGUGAUGACAAAUUUCAAGAAAUCCACUCAUUUGGAAAAGGAAUGUUGAAAGAUCCAAUAGGCCUGACAGUAAACAAGGAAACUAGAGUUCUGUAUGUAGCAGAUUGCGAAGCUCACUGUGUGUUUAAAUUCAAUGUUGAUGAUGGUAGACUGCUGGGUAAGAUAGGUUCAAAAGGUAGUAAAGUAGGUAAAAUGAAUGUACCACAUGAUGUCACUUUAACUAAGGAAGGUUAUGUUAUUGUUGCUGACUUUGGAAACAACAGAAUACAAAUGUUUGAUGUAAAUGAUAAGUUGAUGAGAAUUCUUGUAGGCAAAGGUAAAGAAGAUGGUAAAGUUUGGGGUCCUUGUGGAAUAACUACAGAUAUGAAUGAAAAUAUAAUAGUAUCAAGUAAUCAUAAACUACAAUUAUUUAAUAAAAAUGGUGUCUUCAUAAAACGAAUAGAUUAUGAAGAUGAUGGAUUAGAUAUCCCAGCAGGAAUCACUGUAAUCUCCGAUAGACCAAGAAGAGUAGCAGUAGCAAACAGCAAACCAAACAAUAUUAAAAUAUUCAACUAUUGAAUAUUUAACUAUUGAAUUUUAAUUUUCAUGAAAAUAAUGUCAUAGUAUAUUUUGUUGCUUGCUAAUAAGGAAACUGAAAUGAAAAAGAUGCUUGAGCUAGCUACUAUCUUUGCAAAAGAGAGGAAACUUAAUUUUAAUUUUGACAAAUCAAAUAUAUUAGUAAUUGGUAAACGUAUAAACAGGGAUAAACACUGGAAACUAGGAGAUAGCUACAUAAUGGAGGCCGAAUCAUAUAAAUAUCUUGGGGUAAUUAUUUCCAGAAAUUUAAACGAUCAUAAGCAAUUUGAAAAUGUUUUAAAGAAAGGCAAUAGUAUAGUUGCAGUGGCGGCUCUAGGAUAUA